UGACUUAUUAGUUGUAUCCACCAAAUUGAAUUUAAAAUACCAACAACGACAUCGAUAUCUUUACGUCGCGUGAAGAUCGCACUGUCAUUCACGAGUGAACGCCACAGCUGUUUAUCCUUUAUCACUGUUUAGCAGCCCAUGCCGCGCGCGUUUCUUUUUGUUCAACCGCGCGACAAACGCAAAUGAUGACUAAGAAACUAAACUGGGUGAAAAAAACAACAAAUUUCAUAAACGCCAUUGUCAGUGCACGUUAAAUACGAAAUACCAUGUCGGACAGUGAUUGGAAUUUCGCAUGGAACUGGACGCACUUCUGUCCUACGGGUCUGAAGCCGUUCGCCAACGAUACCAACGAUCUGUUGCCCUGCUUCCAGAAAACGCUGCUCCAAUUGCCCGUCUACACAAUUUUUGCAGCCAUAUCCGCCUACAAUUUCGGCAACCAUACGAACCAGAUAGUACGCAAUGGACUGCAGUUGCAAAUGCUAUCAUUGCGCAUAUUGUUUAGUAUUAUAUUGGCAAUAUUGCCUGUAUCCAAGAUAUUCGUAUUCCUUCGGGCAGGCAUCGAUUUGUAUGCGGUCGAUAUCUUAGUUGUCAGUGCCGAGUGCAUCAUGUGGGUAGUUCAUUGUGGUUACCUACUGAGUGCUCGGCAUUAUGGCACGCUGAGUCCUCGCGGUCCUUUGUUGAUGAAUAUCUUCUGGCUCACGGUCGUAGUGCUUGAUGGCGUUUGGUUGCGCACGAGUCGUCAUUUUGAGUGGUGGCCAUGGAGCUUGGCCACGUUGCUGUGCGAUUUCUGCUAUGCCGCCACACUGCUGCCUAAAGGUAAUGCCAUAUACUGUGCCACACCGUCUGGAAAUAGGGAUCGAGAGCAGGAGGCGUUGUUGUCCAAUCGCUAUACCUAUUUCCAUUUUGAGUUGAAUGAAGCGCUGCUUGGCCAUGCCCAGGACGAGGCCAAUUGGCUGUCGCGUUUCGUUUUCCACUGGGUGAAACCGCUCAUAAACAAAGGUGUUGCCGGCAAGCUGCGUCGCAUUGAGGACUUGUUCGAUCUGCCCGACGCACUGAACAUUACGCGCCUCAGCGAACGACUUCAUCUGGCUUUGUCGCAGUCACAGAGUGUCUUUCGUGCGCUGCACAAGUGCUUCGGCUUCGAGUUUUAUCUAAUUGGUCUGCUGCGUCUGGUGGCGGAUAUUUCCAGCUUUGCGGGUCCAUUGCUAUUGGGCGGACUGUUACGGCAGGAUGGAUCAGAAGCGGGUCAGAAAGCAUAUUACUAUGCAUUGGGUCUGUUCGGGAGCACCUUGCUGUCGGCGUUGUGUGGCUGUCAUUUUGAUUGGCGCAUGGCUAUGGUCAGCAUGAAGAUGCGCGUGGGCGUUGUCAAUAGUAUCUAUCGCAAAGCGUUGGAGGCACGGGGCGUACGUGAAGCCCGUCCAGAUAUGCUGAACUUGAUGUCUACGGAUGCGGAUCGAAUUGUUAACUCAUGCAUUAGCUUUCACUUCUUCUGGAGCAUACCAUUCAAGCUGUUCACCACGCUCUACCUGCUGUAUCUACAGUUGGGAGCCGCCUUUUUGGCUGGCGUCGUCUUUGCAGCCCUGUUGAUACCCAUCAAUCGCUGGCUAGCGAAGCGCAUUGGCAUAUAUUCCACAGGCCUAAUGACUGCCAAGGAUGCACGACUGUCAGCUACGACGGAGACCAUGCAAGGCGCCAAGCAAAUCAAGACCAAUGCCUGGGAGCCAAUAUUUAUUACAAAAAUCCGCUCACUCCGUACCGAGGAACUGAGAUUUUUGUCCAAGCGCAAAUACUUGGAUGCGAUGUGCGUUUACUUCUGGGCAACCACACCUGUGCUCAUGUGCCUUCUCACCUUUGGAGUAUCUGUGCUGCUUGGCAAUCCCUUGGUUGCCUCGACGACCUAUACAAGUGUUGCCCUACUCUACAUGCUGAUUGGUCCAUUGAAUGCCUUUCCCUGGGUGCUCAAUGGCCUGAUCGAGGCGUGGGUUUCCCUUCGUCGCGUGCAACAACUAAUGGAUGUGCCCAAUUUGGAUUAUUCAAGCUACUAUAAUCCUAUAAUGCGCACCAGUACAAUUGGAGAUGCCACACGCAGUGUGCUGGAAAUAAAAUGCGCCCACUUUGUGCAUGAUACAGAGCACAGCGAUACGGACUGUGAGACAACCAUAUCCCAGUUUCGUCUAAGUGACAUCAAUUUAGAUGUCAAGACAGGUCAACUAAUCUGCAUCGAGGGCCCAGUAGGCGGGGGAAAGAGCAGUCUGCUCACAGCCAUCAUAGCCGGGCUACAAUGCGUCGAUGGUGAAGUGUGCAUUCAAGAUUUAACCAACGGUUUUGGCUAUGUGCCUCAAUCACCGUGGCUGCAACGUGCCACCAUACGCGACAACAUCGUCUGGGGUAGCAACUUUGAUGAACAGUGGUACAAGACGGUGCUGCAUGCUUGCGCCCUGAACGAGGACAUACGUACGCUUGGCGGAGAUCUGAUAGGCGUGGGGGAAAACGGACGAACGCUGUCUGGCGGGCAAAGGGCGCGAGUUGCCUUGGCGAGAGCUGUGUACCAGGACAAGAAGAUUUAUCUUUUGGACGACGUUCUCUCCUCCUUGGAUGCUCACGUGGCUAAGCAUAUUAUACGCCACUGUUUGUUGGGCCUACUGAAGCAGAAGACACGCAUUGUGGUGACGAGAAGCACCCAACUGUUCUUCCAUGCCAAUCAGAUUCUCCAUAUUAAGGAUGGACAACUGCGACCCAGUGACUACAUGACGGAGAGCAUUGACCUGAGCGAAGAGGAGGAGGACGAGGACGCUAACGAAUUGCUGCGUCGCUCGUCCUUCGAGCUGGCUAAUGUGACAGCAGAGGAGGAUAAACGUAGUGUGGACAGCCUAUUGCUCGAGGAAUCACGUGAAUUUGGCCAUUUAUCUGGCAAUGUGUUUUCCUGCUAUUGGAAAGCUGUGUCAGCGCCGCUGGCUUUAACCGUGCUGCUGUUUGUGCUGCUCAUGCAGCUAACACGCAAUCUGAGCGAUGCCUGGCUGGCACACUGGGUCACCGAGACGACACUGGAUGGCCAUACGAAUGACACAACGCUGCAGCAUCAACUAAUACGAGCUGGCGCAUCUGGCAACGACAGCGCUGCAGCACAUACGACGGGCUUCUAUUUGGGCAUAUUCGCAGCGAUUGCUGUGACCAAUUCAUUAGUCACACUAACGCGUGCCUUUCUCUUUGCCUAUGCUGGCAUCAAGGCGGCCAUCUAUAUACAUGAACAACUUCUAAAGCGUGUCAUGUAUGCCAAGUUUAACUUCUUUGAUAUCACCUCUGUGGGCCGCAUACUCAAUCGCUUCUCCUCGGACACUAACACGGUGGACGAUUCGCUGCCCUUCAUCCUGAACAUUCUGUUGGCCCAGCUAGCGGGUUUGAUGGGCGCUUUAUGUGUUAGCCUUUAUGCCAUGCCGUGGCUGGUGUUGGUUGUUAUACCCAUGGUGCCGAUAUAUUUGAAUCUGCAGCAGCGCUAUCGCCACGCCUCGAGGGAUAUUAAACGUUUGUCGAGUAACGCCAUGUCCCCGCUCUAUACCCACUUUACGGAAACGCUGCAGGGGCUGUCCACCAUACGCAGCAUGCGCGCAAGUGCACGUUUUCAGCGCGAUUUUCAAGGCAAGCUGGAGGAGAGCACCAAGGCGCAAUUGUCGGCAGCAGCCGCUCAGCAGUGGUUGGCAUUGCGUCUGCAGAUGCUAGGCGCUCUGCUAGUAGGCGGCGCUGGACUCGUAGCGGCCCUAACGGCUUCGCAUACCACAAAUCCUGGCUUGGUGGGCCUGUGUAUUUCAUAUGCUUUGUCCAUAACCGGGCAGCUUGGGGAUCUGCUACACGCCGUUGCCGAGACAGAACAGGAACUGGUUGCAGUGGAGCGCGUUGAUCAGUACUUGCAACUGGAACCGGAACAAAAUGCAGAGGGCAAUGCCGAUCCACCAUUUGGUUGGCCUACACAGGGUGUGCUCAGCUUUAAGAAUGUGCAGCUCAGCUACAGAGAGCAUCUGUCACCAGCUCUGCGUGACAUCAGCUUCGAAACGGAGGCAUUCGAACGCAUUGGCAUUGUGGGACGCACUGGAGCUGGCAAGAGCUCUGUGCUGGCUGCACUGCUGCGUGUUGCACCACUUAGCCACGGUGACAUCUAUUUAGAUCAGAUGAAUCUGAAGGCUUUGGCAUUGAGUGUGCUGCGUGAACGCAUAGGCGUAAUUACACAGGAGCCCUUUCUCUUUGAAGGUACUGUGCGUGAGAAUCUGGAUCCUAGUCACAAGUAUUACGACUCCGAGAUCUGGCAUGCCAUCAAGAACUCGGCAGCCGCCACGUUGCUUGUCCAACAGCUGGGCGGCCUCGAUGGCCAUGUCGAUCGUGCCGGCAACAAUCUAUCCGCCGGACAACGUCAGCUGCUUUGUCUGGCACGUGCUCUGCUCAAGAACGCGAAGGUCGUGUGCAUCGACGAGGGCACGUCGUCCCUGGAUGAUGAAUCAGAUCUGUCUAUGCAACAGGCGUUGCGCAAUGCCUUCAAGAGCUGCACUCUGAUCUUUAUAGCGCAUCGUUUGCGUGGCCUGCAGGCCAUGGAUCGCAUCCUUGUACUGGAUGAGGGGCGCAUCUGUGAGCAGGGCAAGCCGCAAGAGCUGGCGACCGAUGAUAGUUCACUAUUCCACAGCAUGCUGCAAGCUCAGGACAUUAGCUUGCAGGACUUUGCUAAAAUCGAUUAAUUAUAAAAGAUCUGU